UCGGCGGGGGAGGGGGGAGGAAGGCAGGGCUGCAGCCCGCCGGCAGCGUUCUGGGGGAGGCCGCGGUGUCUGCCGCGAACGAGCGGAGCCGGCAGCGCGGUUGAGCGGAGGGCAGCGCGGGACGGAGGGAGGGCUGGUGGCGGCGUUGCUGCGCCUCUGGGAGAAGGCUGAGGAGAGAGUGUGAAAAGUAGAGAAAACCAUGUCAGGAAGAACAUCAUCUUCAAGUCAUGUCAAUUUUCGUAUACCAAAGAAGAAAACAAACACCAAGUCAGAGGAUGUCCAAGUUCAGUCCCCUUUGGCAAGGCUCCCAGGCUCCCACCAUUGUGACUACCCUUUAAAAGAGUGGAAAUUAAGUGCCAAUAACAGAAAGCCUUCCACAAAAGGAAAAAGGCAAAGGGAAUGCAACAGACACAGCUCUAAUGAUGAAGAAUCAAUUGGUUUUUGGGAGGUAGAUGAGAGACUAUGGCAACCCAAAGUUAUCUUGACGAACGUCCUGAGUACGAAAAUUGGAAGAAAGUACAUAGACAGCCACGUAAUAAUUGAUGCAAAUUUACCUGCUGCAGACAAAUUGCAAUCGGGUCAACUCCCCUCAUCAGCUGUUGCCAGCCUACAGACAUGUCAAAUAUUAAGUUCUCCUCAUGAAAGUUCUUUUCUUUCUGAAAGGUCUGAACGUUGCCUGAGAAAGACAGAUGAUGAGCUGUGUAAAUUGACCAAGGCUUCUAAGGAACCAGAAAAAAUCAAUGCUGUCACUUUCAGAAGACGAGAGCUGCAGAAGAAAGAAAACAAGCACUGUGGUGAACUGGAGAAGAGGAGCAGACACAUGAACAGCACUACUCUUAGUCAGAAGGAAUCAGGUUCUUUUGUUUCUGAGAAAAGGAAAAGAAGAUACAGUGGCCAUAUUUCUGAUGAUUGUAAUGCACACGUUCCACAAAAGUCACUUGCAUUCUCUGAAAAGAAAAGUUUGAGUUCAGCUCAGUCUCCUGGCUGCAGAAUACCCUGUGAGGAUGGACAAGACCACAGAUCUAAUCCUAUUCUGGUGCCAGACUGUCCAGCAGAGAGAGAUGCUAAAGACACUUCCACCCACAACCACUUAAGGCCUGCUCACUGCCACACAGAGGACUCUGCCUCAGAGUCUCCUUCCAGAAAUGUGUCAAAGAAACAGCUUUCUGCCACCAGUGGGGAUGUGCUUUCCCCACAAGCUGGUACCAUCAGGAAAUUAAAGCUGGACAAAUCAGAGUACCUGAGCAAGCUGCGGAACAGAAUCUGCAGGGGUAAUCAGCACCUUGUUUCCAUUGACCCAAUUAUCCUUUCCAGUGAUGAUGAAGAUGGACCUUCUGAACCACAAUGCACAGAGCUGAUGAAGGAUAAUAUCACUGAAAAUAAAGAAACACAGUCUGACUUCUGUUUCUCAGCUAAGCAAUUAGAAGACAAGACAAAAAGUCACACAGAGCAGUUUUUAACAGAGUCAGUUGAAGAUAAAUAUCCUCUCAGGUUACCUUCUAGAAGCACACCUAAAAAGCAGACAAACCUGGCUUUGAAUGUUGAAUUUGAUAGACUACACAUUGGGAAAUUUAAGUGUUUAUCAACCGGUCCUGCUAGGUUUACACUGAAAAAUAUUGUGAUCCCAUUUCAGGUGUCUCUUAAGAACAUUCAGCUUACACUGGAUACACUGGAUCUGAGAAGACUUGGCUGGUGGAAAAGUGGUGGUGGCUGUUCUUCAACAAUUAUUUUUCUUUGGUUGUCUGUGGAUUAUGUAGAAAAGAUUGAAACCCAGAUGGGAAAGUCAGUUACCAGCCAGCCAUCCAAAUCCAAUGAAUUUGUAUUUUUGGAAAUGUCUCAGCCACUCACAGAAUGGGAAGAAGAGAGGCUGACUGAACUGAUUACAGGUGUCAGCAAGAGGAACAGAGCACCAGAUCUUGCUGAGUUUUUGUCUUUGAAACAAGCAUUACCCUUGUUUAAGGAUCUUUCUCCUGAAGAAAGCUCUUUUGUGAGUUGCAAUAAGGAUCUACUAAAGCAAUGCCUGCCAAAAGAGAAUACCUCAGAUGCUCAUGAGCCUGUAAUUCAGGAAUCAAAGCUAAAAGUGAUCAGGCCCAGUUAUGCUCUUGCAAAUAAGCAGAAUAGUGGCUGCUAUUGUAUCUCUUUGUCCUCUGCACUGAAUGAAGAAUGGAAAGAAGUAAGAGAAAUGGGAGCAGUUAAGAAUUUAAUUGUUUAUCCACCCCCACCUGCAAAAGGAGGACUGGGAGUCACAAGAGAAGACCUAGAGUGCUUAGAAUAUGGAGAGUUUCUCAAUGAUGUCAUCAUUGAUUUCUAUCUUAAGUAUCUGUUAUUGGAGAAGGCACCAAAACAUGUUGCUGACCGUACACACAUUUUUAGCAGUUUCUUCUACAAGUGCCUGACAAGGACAGAAAAAAACUCGGAGGGGGAUGUCAAAGUUUCAGCAGCACAGAGAAGACACAGAAGAGUAAGAACAUGGACUCGCCAUAUAAAUAUCUUCAAUAAAGAUUAUAUUUUUGUGCCUGUGAAUGAGGAGUCUCAUUGGUACAUGGCAGUUAUCUGUUUUCCUUGGUUGGAAGAAGCUGUGUAUGAGGAGUGUCCCCAGCAGAAUUCACCGUCCCCCCGGCCUCGGCAGUCUCCCCUGGAGCCACAGAGUGAGAGCACCAGAGCUGGCUCAGUGCUCUGCAGGGAUGAAGAGGAGGGGGAUGGUAACAGAAGUUUAUUCUCUAAAGGACGCAAUGAAAUUGCUGCUUCUGCUUCAGUUCUAUAUUCAGCUAUUUCUAAAAUCUCCCUAAGUAAUUCCAAAAACCAGAUUUGUAAAAGGCCUUGUAUACUCAUCUUAGAUUCCCUGAAAGCAUGUUCUGUGCAGAAAACUGUUCAGGUGUUGAGAGAGUACCUUGAAGUGGAAUGGGAAGCAAAACGAAAAACACAUCGGGAAUUCAGUAAAUCAACAAUGAUUGACCUAUGUCCCAGAGUGCCUAAACAAGAUAACAGCAGUGAUUGUGGGGUCUAUUUGCUGCAGUAUGUGGAAAGCUUCUUCCAGAAUCCCAUAGUUAAUUUUGAACAACCACUGCAUCUGGAGAAUUGGUUCCCUCGUCAGCUGAUCAGAAACAAAAGAGAAGAAAUUCGAGACCUGAUCUUGCAACUGCACUUUCAACAGCAGAGUGGCAGCAGCAGCUAAUAAAUCUAAUAAGGCAGUCCUGGCAAAGGAUACUGCUGUAUAAAAUAACUGGAACUCUGCUUACUUUGGUCUCUUCCUGUCUUGCAGAGAAGAAGAAAAAAAAGGCACAAGGAGUACUUUUUGCUCAGCAUGUAUUUAUUUAAAGUUUUUUUUUUUCACUGGUGUUGUGUGGUCUAAAGAUGCUGGAAGGGGGAAAGGAGAAGGUUGUAGAUAAGAAUGUAAAUAUGAUAAGUUAAAGCUAAUGCAUAUGAAUUGCUAGUUGGUUCUUGGAAUAUGAAAGCUGCUUACAGGUAUGUCUCAAGGAUGUAAAAAUACUUUUGUCUUUUGGAGCCUGUUCUUUUUAAUUCUAUAUAAACAGGGAUGGUUGAAGCGGUGCAUCUGGAGAAAGACUGAUUGUCCUUCUCGGACGUCCCAGCUGGCUAUCCAGCACUGCUAGCAAUACAGGGGCACUAUCCCAAUCUCCGUGGUUCAGGACAGCACCUAAGGCAAACGCUCUGUGCUAUGACAGCAGCGUGACCUUGUGGUAAGACAUGGCUUGGCUUAUGGCUACAGUCAGCAGAAAUAAGAAUAGAGCGCUCUCCAGCUGUGGUGAAUCCAGGUUUAUUCAGUCCCAGGGGAACCCACGACCAAAGAGGAAGAGGGAGAAGUUGCAGCGGCUUAUAAGGAGGGAGGGAAACAAGGGAGGAGUCAGUCCUUGGACAAAUAGGGUUUCAGAGAGGAGUGGGAUACAAAAGAUUGCCUUAGGGAAAACCCCAAUGGGGAUAACUUGAGGGUGGAGCCCCAGCCCCUGAGCCAAUCACUCGAUGCUCUAGCUGGAAGUUUCUAGAGAGUUCUAGAGAGAAGGGUGAGAGCGCCGAGUGACGGACAGGGCACCGGGGAGGGAUUUGAGAAAGGGUACAUUAAUCUCCAAGGCAACUGGGGAGGAGUUGGGAUAACUGGCAGCAUAAAGGAGGGAAGGGAGAACCAGGGCAGAACCAUUGCAUGAUAGGGGGGAACAGAACAGUCCAACUUAUACAGACACAACACACCAGAUGGUCAUGUAGCAGUCAGGCCUGAAGACAGGAUCUGGAUCUUGUAUUAUGUCUCUUGAUUUGCAGCUGAUACAGAUAGAAUGAAUACUAUGUAUUUUUUUACUUUAAGGAUUUAAUGUUGACUCUCUUUAGAGAUGUAUUUUUUUGUUUUGUUUCUGAUUAUAUACAGAAGUAAUCUGCAUGUUUCAGAAAAUUCUGCCAGGAUUUGAGGCUCAUGAGUUUUGAUGAUUUUUAAAAAAAAAAUAUUUCCCCCCUUCCUAGCAUUUUCAUAAAAGUGUGUUUCCACAAGGGGAAGACAUUUGUUUGAGAGUGACUGUUGAAAUACUUCAAAGUUGGAAGUGUGUUUUCUUUUAAGGUUUUUUUUUUUUCUUAUCAGAUUUUAGAAGCAAACUUGCUCUCAAAGUAGAUACCAAUACAGUAUGUGUAGGCAGUAGAUUUUUAAUGCUGUUCAUCUGAUUUUGGGGAAUAAUUCCUGCAAAUCUUAAGGCAUCACCUGCAUUAGCAAGGCAAGCAGUCUGUGGCCUAACAACCUCAAAAGUCUGAGGCGUUUUACUGAAAAAUAAGGUCAUUAAGAUAUGGGAUUUGCAUAUAAGACAAACAGGAUUUUUACCUUGCUUAGGAGGAUUGAGUAAAGAUGACUGAAUAUUGAGUGUUUGAACUCAGACUUGAUUUGAUAAACUAGGACAAGUUCAUCAUUGUCUUAAUUUGUAUUGAUGUAGCUUUUCCUUGAACAGUGAUCACAUUUUGAUGUGUGCACUUUUUCUGUACUCACUGCACGUUAGAAGGUGACUGUUCUAAAAGGAUGCUUUCUCCUGUUCCCCACGGUAACCUCACUGAAGUGUCAUCUUACCCUUUAGAAGGACUGUGUGUCAGAUAACCAACAAAACCACUUGUGUCAUAAAAAAGUCUACAAAACCAGAGCUCUUAAAGCUAUCUCUUAAAUACAACAGAGAGUUAAAAUAAAAAUUGAGGGCAACCCAAAGAUGCAAGCAUUUUUGUCAUUGCAGAAUUCUCAGGGCCCCUUCCCUCAAGACAACUCUGAAACCUGGCUUCCUGAAAAUCCAGUUAUUAUUUUAGGUUCUGUACAGUCAUCCAACACCCCUCCACUCCCCCUUUGUCGCAGACAUCUUUUUGUGAAAAUCUUUUCUUAGGAUUUUCUCUCUUCUGAGAAGCUGAGGCCUCAGAAACAAAAUGUUAACAAUGGUUAUCUGCUGCUGUGGAAUGCAUCAGGUGUGUCAGUGAUUGGGCCAUUUUGAAUGUUUACAAUUAAUGGCCAACCACAGACCAGAUAGCUUGGACUCUCUGUCCAAGACACAAACCUUUGUUAUCAUUCUUUUCUAUUCUGUUCUUAGCUGGCUUCUGAGGAAACCUUUCCUUUUAUUUCUUUUUAGUAUAGUUAUAACGUAAUAUAUGUAUAUCAUAAAAUAGUAAAUCAAGCCUUCUGAACAUGGAGUCAACAUUCUCAUCUCUUGCUUCAUCCAAGAAUCCCUGUGAACACUGUCACACCCCUUAUUUGUUUUUCAAAACAGAAAGCAUUCUUUCUGUGGGGGAGAGAAUUUUAAAACAAUUUGCUGAGCACAGUUACCUUCUGUAUAGCUGUGAGCAGCCUCGUGCAAUGACUGUAUGUUUUUUGUCUUUGUUUCUAGUUUAAUUCUGUAGUUUGGCACUACCCCUUCUUUCCCUGCCUCCCAACACCUUUUCCUCCCAUCCCAGAGUUGUGUCUUUCAGCACCUAAAUCACAACACCAGCAUUACUUACAAGAAUAAUCUGUGUAUUUAUUGUAAAACAAAAGAUACAAUGCAGAAAUGUGUUCCCUUUCUCUACACCUUUCUUAAUUGAAUAAUGUUUUCAGUGCUCCCUUAUGAAAAACAAUUUGGGCUUUUCCUUAUGGUAAAGUUAGAUUUUAUCACCAAGCAAUUGGUUCUUUUUUAGAUUGACUGGUUUAUAGAUAUUUAAAAGCAAAGUAAUGUAUGCAAUUUUCUAAAUUGAUUUUAUAACACAAAAGGAUUGCCUUUUUAGAUUUCUUACAUAUGUACUAUGAGAAUGCCAAUGCAUUUGAUAUUAAAAUUAUCUCCAGAA